UCCGUCACUGAGCGGAAGUAACGUAUAUAUGUGAUUGUCAACGAGAGCUUGUUGCUGUGUUUUUGCCUGUUAUGCUACUUUAAAGAAAAUUCAUAUUCUGUAUGCUAGUAAACGGGCUUGGAAAACAUUACAAUAAUCUGCUUAUAUGCAAUGAAAUGCUAAUGUUUGCGUUUUUCGAAGUCGGGUCAUUUCAGCUAACAUUUAGCAUUGAUUGAAAAUAACACAGUGUGAUUAACGUAACGUUACUGUGUUAACGGCACAACGUACAGCAAGCAAUCCUAUAUGCUUAAAACGUGAAAGAGUUUAUGGCAUCCAAACAGACAUUUUCAGACAGUGACACUGCUGAUGAAGCAGUCAGAGCAACAUGCGACGAUGCAUCUAUAUGCAAAAGGUUUGCUACCAGUAAAGGUUAUUGGACUGACCUCUACCUGCAGUAUUUCGUGAGGCAAAUAGGUGAACGUAAAGCACCUGAAAUCAACAGAGGUUAUUACGCUCGUGUCAAAGGAGUGAACAAUCUUCUUGACGAUUUUCUGAAGAAGACACAAUGUCACUGUCAGGUGGUGAAUUUUGGGGCAGGACUGGAUACUACUUUUUGGAGAUUAAAGGAUGAAAACAUUAUGCCGAAAAAGUAUUUUGAAGUUGACUUCCCAAUGAUUGUUGCCAGAAAAAUACACAACAUCAAGACAAAACCUCCACUGUCCAAGCCUUUAAUUGAGACGCACUCCACUGAUUCACUCCAUUUGGAUGCUCACAGUCUUGACUCGGACAGAUAUUGUAUUAUCAGUGCUGAUCUGAGGGACCUCCCAACUCUUGAAGACAAACUAAGAAAGUUUCAUAUAAAUCCAGAGUUGCCUACUCUGUUUUUGUCAGAAUGUGUUUUGGUGUACAUGACCUCCGAGCAGUCCUCCAAUCUCGUGCGCUGGAUUUCGGACACCUUCCCCACUGCAAUGUUUAUUAACUAUGAACAGGUAAACAUGGACGAUCGCUUUGGGCACAUCAUGAUCGAGAACCUGCAAAGACGUCAGUGCAAUCUGGCUGGCGUGGAUGUGUGUCAAUCUCUGGACUCUCAAAAAGAACGCUUUUUGUCGUCAGGCUGGGAAAGUGUGAACGCCCUAGACAUGAUGAUGGUCUACAGCAUGCUUCCUCAGGAAGAUGUAGCCAGAAUUGAGCAGCUAGAGUUUUUAGAUGAGAAGGAACUCCUCUAUCAGCUUCUACAACACUACUGUAUCUGCUGGGCUACUAAAGAUAAACUCAAUUUGGGCCUCUCGCAGAUCGUGUUUUAAACGCCAAUAGGGACUUGGUUUUAAAGUUUGCCUUGAGACGAUAUGAGCAGAGGUCAGGAGAGGAAAGGGAAGUCAUUUCUGUCUUUUUCCAUUGUUGAGCCCAAUAAAAAUGGAGACUACUGGCA